AUGUUCAACCCGACCCUAGGGUCGGUACAUGCAACUGAAUUACAAAAUGACACAAUUCGUUUAACAUUUCACUUUUUGUUAAAAGUUAGAGUAUAUCCAACUUUACAAAAUUUAUUGUCCACACUGUUAGCUCAAGAGCCGGAUUUUCCUGUCACAUCCAAGACUUCAUUACAACGUGAAUUAACAGAAAUGGGUUUCAAGUAUGGUCAAACAAAAAAGGCACAACCACCGACACCGGCAUUAGAGCCGCCAAAGAGAGCUUGGCGAAAGUCAUUCAUUGCCGAAUGGUUACAGCGACACAGAAUAAAAUCUGAAACGUUUACGACAAAAGCCGAGUUGUUAGAAUCAGCAUUUCAAAAUUUUCCUCGAAAAGAAUAUCCUGUAAAUCGAAACAUGCAGAUAGCUAUUUUAGGCAAGCAAAGAAACAUAUUUAGAAAUGCCGAUAGAAUUCCCGAAGAAUUAGAAAAUGAAAUUAUUGACAGUGAUGAUGAUAAUAGUAACGAUAAAAUGCAGUCUGACAGUGAUGAUGAUGCUGACCAUUGA